AUGUGCUGCGUUAGGUUUCUCUUAGCGCUGUGUCUUGUUGGGGUAGUGGCCGCCACGGAUCCGCUGCUGGUGGAACUGCCAUAUGGCAAAUUGCGUGGACGCGAUAACGAGCGGUAUUAUAGCUACGAGUCGAUUCCCUACGCGGAGCCCCCUGUGGGUGAGCUGCGCUUCGAGGCACCAAGACCAUACACCCAGCGCUGGAAAGACAUCUACAAUGCGAGCAAACCUCCCGAGAACUGCAUGGAGUGGAGUCAGGUAGUUCAGCAACCCGACAAACUUCGCGGGGUAGAGGACUGUCUGACUGUCAGCGUGUAUAAGCCCAAGAACUCCAGUCGCAAAAGCUUUCCAGUUUUGGUGGAUAUAUAUGGCGGAGGCUUCAUGUUUAAAGCAUCGUCUGAGGGAAUACACGAGCGACUUAUGGACAGAGGAACUUUUAUUAUGGUUAAGCUAAACUAUAGAGUGGGACCAUUGGGAUUUGCAAGUUCCGAAGAUGGCGCUAUAUCAGGCAACUUUGGACUAAAGGACCAGCGCCUGGCACUGCGCUGGAUUAGGAAGCACAUUGAUCGUUUUGGUGGCGAGCCAGAGAAUAUACUUGUCCUGGGUCUUUCUGCUGGAGGAGCUUCGGUGCAUCUUCAGCUACUCAAGGAGGAUUUCGGCCAGCUGGUAAAGGCAGCAGUUUCGCUUAGUGGAAAUGCAUUAAAUCCCUGGGUGGUGCAACAAGGUGCACGUCGCCGCGCCUUUGAGCUGGGUCGCAUUGUGGGCUGCGGCUUGCUAAGUGAUUCUAUGCAGCUCAGAAAGUGCCUCAAGUCGAAGGAUGCAUCUGAAAUAGUCAGUGCUGUGCGUCAGUUCCUAGUCUUUGACUAUGUCCCCUUUACUCCGUUCGGCCCUGUGGUAGAGUCCGUCGAUGCAGCUGAGCCUUUCCUCACACAACAUCCCAUUGAUAUUAUCAAGAGUGGAAAGCUUGGGCAAGUGCCUUGGUUAGCCGCCAACACGCAAGACGAUGGCACUUACAAUGCUGCUCUGCUCAUGAUAAAGCAAGCCAAUGGAAGAGAGCUGAUUGAGGAGCUGAACAGUCGCUGGUUCGAGUUGGCGCCCCACUUUCUGUUCUAUCGGGACUCCAAGAAAACGCUUGAGAAAAUGGACGACUACUCACGGAACCUGAGACAAGAAUAUCUGGGAAAUCGCAAUUUCAGCAUGGAGAGCUACUUGGAUGUGCAGCGCAUAUUUACGGAUGUGCUGUUCAGAAAUGACACCAUACGCUCUAUAGAGCUGCAUGGGAAGUUCGGAAAGUGUCCCGUUUAUGGCUACGUCUAUGAUAAUCCCGCUAAUCAGGGAACUGGAAAUUGGCUGUCAAAGCGAAGUGAAUUCAAUUUUGGCACGGGACAUGGCGAUGAUUACUUUCUAAUCCUUAACAGUCAAAUCGGUACACCUCUGCGCUCCGACGAGCAAGUUAUUUCAAGAAAUUUGAUGAAUAUGCUUGAGGGUUUUGUUCAAAGCAAAAAUGGGACUUUGGUCUAUGACAACUGCGUGUUCCCAGACAAUGCGCAGCAAGAGAAGCUACAAUUGCUCUCCAUAACUCGCAGUGGGUGCGAGGUGUUACAUGUGAAUGCGAUCCAUUAA